UCCGCCGUAUAACGGAAGUCCGUGUCGCAUCUCGCUUCGGAUUGACAACAAAAUAAACAGGAGUGAAAGUGAAGUCGUGAAUAUGCGAGGAUCAUCGAUCAGCUGAAGGAGAUUUGAACUGACAUGGACUGUUAGAGUUGUGUCAGUGAUGGAGGAGAUGGAGGAGGAGCCGCUGGAGGGGAUUGAGGAUGAUAACCAUAACUGUGGCGCUGAGGGAGUGUGUGUGAGUGUGUGUUCACCUGCGCAGGUGUGUGUGGAUGAUGACUCCAGUAGUGAGUCCGAUAGUUCGGGCACUUCUGCGACUCACGGCUCCGCGCUGCUCCUGAACUCCGCGGCCUCCAAGUUCCUCCUGAAUGCGAUGACGGCAGAAGAUUACAGGACCGUUUACUGGCCGAAACUAGAGAGAGCCAUUGAGCAUCUGCUCACUCAAAGCCCACUGGAGCACAUCUCCAUCUCGUACGAACAGAUCUACAGUCACGUUUAUAAGUGCGUGUGCCAACAGCACUCAGAGCUGCUCUACAACGACCUGAUGUGGAAGAUCACGUCUCAUCUAGAGCAAGUGUCUUCUGAGCUACAGGCCAGUCCUCCAGAACAGUUGAUUGAGAACUUCAACGUGGCUCUGACUCAGUACACAGCCGCCCUUCACUGCAUCGUUCCCGUCUUCAUCUAUAUGAACAAGUUCUACAUUGAGACCAAGCUGAACCGAGACCUGCGGGACGAUCUCAUGAAGCUUUUCUCGGAUCAUGUAGCGGAGAGGCACGUCAGUGUGUUACUGCCUCUUCUUAAAAAGGCUCAUUCCAUGCCAUUUCAAGUCAAACCGUCGACUAUGGAGAGUGUUGUGAAAGGUCUUUACACGCUCCGGCCAGACUGGGUCCCUCUCGCUCCGGCUCUGUUCUCCAGAUUCAUUCCUCAGAUCGCUCCUCCGGCUCUGGAGUCUCAGCUGGAGUAUUACGCGGCGCAAGACCAGAAGCUGCAGAUGGAGCUCUGUCAGAACGGCGUCUCCAGGGGCGAUCAGUCUCGCAAGCGAGCGAGUGAAGAAUCGUGACAGUGAAGUGGGAUUUUACACUACUUCAGUGAAUGAAA